ACUUGCAUGACACCAAAUCAGAAAGUAAAACAAAGAGCAAUAUAUCAAUUUUUUUGCUCUCUGAGAAUUUAUUUCACUCAAAAACAAAUAAGGAAAAAAAAAAGGAAAAGAAAAGAAAAAGGCACACAGAGAGAAAGAAGCUCUACUCUAGCAAACUGAUGAUUCAAAGCUCUGUCUAUGGAGUUGAUUCUUUUCUCUUUCUAUAUCCCUAUUACUCCCUCUUUGGUUGUUAAAGCUCAUCAAUUUUGUUUUGAAAUCUCUUCUCUUCUUUAGGUUUCUCUUUCUCUCUUCUUCAUCUUAUUAUAUAAGUAUAUAUAUAUAUAAUCUUAUUAAGUUGCCGGCUUUUGGGUUUCAAGCUAGCUUUUUUCACCUUUAUAUAUUUUUGUGUUUUGGGAUAAGAUUUUGGAAGUGAAAGACUAAAACUUGCAUGUGGGGUUGUGCAGCAGCUGGUUUCUAGAAAUUCAGUUUAUAUAUUUAUAUAUUUUUCUUUUGGGAACUAAAAGUAGAGUGACUGAAAGGAAGAAAGAGAGAAAAUCCUAAAGAAGACGAACCCAGAAAAGAAGAUAUAUAUAUAUACAUAUAAAGAGAUAUAGAGAGAAGCUUAUAUAUUAUGGCGGCUGCGUCUUCAUCUUCGGUGCCAGGUUUUGCAAUCAAUAGAGAAGAAGACCCGAACCAGAUGAAACAACAUUCUUCGACUCCUACUAAUUCAUCUUCUCUAGCUCCACCUCCUCCACCUGCCCAGAAGAAAAAGAGAAACCAACCUGGAACACCAAAUCCAGAUGCGGAAGUGAUAGCGUUAUCUCCGAAGACCCUAAUGGCAACAAACAGGUUCAUAUGCGAGGUUUGCAACAAAGGGUUCCAAAGGGAACAAAACCUUCAGCUCCACAGAAGAGGACACAAUCUGCCAUGGAAGCUCAAGCAGAAGACAAACAAAGAGCCCAAACGCAAAGUCUAUCUCUGCCCAGAACCCACUUGCGUUCACCACGACCCAUCUCGGGCCCUAGGCGACCUCACCGGAAUCAAAAAGCACUACUCCAGAAAACACGGCGAGAAGAAGUGGAAGUGUGAAAAGUGCUCGAAACGCUAUGCCGUUCAGUCAGAUUGGAAAGCCCAUUCGAAGACUUGUGGUACUAGAGAGUACAGAUGUGACUGUGGCACUCUUUUCUCCAGGCGAGACAGCUUCAUCACACAUAGGGCUUUCUGCGACGCACUGGCGCAAGAGAGCGCGAGACACCCUCCAAACUUGAGCGCAAUCGGAGCCAAUUUGUACGGAGGAAGCAAUGCAACUAGCUUGGGACUAUCCCAACUGGGUCCUCAAUUCUCAGCCUUACAAGACCAGACCAACCAAACCGGCGAUAUGUUACGCCUCGGCGGCGCAUCCCAUCAUCGGUCAGCUCAACAGGCCCCGUCGUCGGGGCAGUUCGACCACGGCCACAUUCUCUCACCGACGUCUUUUCGGGCUCAGCAGCAGCCUCCGGCUGGGUUCUUUAUGACAGCUGAGCCGAACCAGCAGCAGUACCAUCACCAAGACGAUCAUCAUCAUAGCCAUCAUCAUCCUCACCAAUCGCAACAUGGAUUCUUGCCCAACAAGCCUUUCCAUGGUCUUAUGCAGUUCUCUGAGAUUCAAAGCAAUGCGAACAACGUCAACCCUUCUUCUGGUUUAUUGAUAUCUAAUCAUUUCAAUGCCGAAAACGGUACUUCUGGUGGUGGCGGCGGCGGUGAGGGAUCAAAUAUAUUCUCCGGUCAAAUUGGGGGUGAUCAAAUAAGCUCCAGUCCAGUCUCUUCUCUCUACAGUACAUCGGUUCAGAACAAUCACGCCGCGGCGGUCGCGGCGGCUCAUAUGUCAGCCACCGCGUUACUCCAAAAAGCGGCUCAAAUGGGCUCAACAUCAACCACCAACAAUACAGCUUCGCUCCUCCGAUCAUUCGGUUCCUCUUCAUCGUCAACUGCUGGAGGCGGUCAAAACAAACCCUCCGAUAGGCCAACCAUGGCUCCUGCUUCCUUCGGAGGAGGAGGAGCCGGCGGCGGUAGUAUCGGAGGAGGACUAUUCGGGUCUGAUAACGAUCAAAACCAUCUUCAAGACCUAAUGAACUCGUUCGCCGCUGCGGGAGGAAACAACUCAAUGUUUGGCGGAAGCGCGUUCGGAGGGUACGAAUCUGCGAGCCGGGCAAGCUUAGAACAUCAGGAUCAGAAGUUGCAUGCCAACAGUAGUGGUGGUGGUGGUGGUGGUGGUGGUAUCGCUGCCAUGAACAACAGUAUCGGUGGUGGUUCGGAUAGGCUGACGAGGGACUUUCUUGGGGUGGGACAGAUAGUGAGAAGCGUAAGCGGAGGGUUUUCUAAGAGAGAACAACAACAGCAGCAGCAGCACCGUGGAAUUAUCGAAAUGGGUUCUUUGGAUUCGGAAAACAAUGCAGCAGCGCCGUCAUCAGGCCAAUCUUUUGGAGGGUCAGCUGGGAAUUUUCAGUAGUAGCUUUGGGAGGAAAGGAAAGCAAGAAAGAAAGAAAGAAAUGAAUAGAAAGAAAGAAAAGAAGGAAAAAAAAAAGAAAAAAAAGAAAAGAAAAAAAAAAAGGUACUACUACUACAUUACUACUACUACUACACAGAGGGUACGUGAAAAUUAGUGACGUAGUUAAAAUGAUUAUUUGGGAUAAAAGAACUCUGACUUGUUUGAUCAAAAUCUGAUUUUCAUCUCAGCUUUCCAAAGAAGUAAUUUCUUUCUGACAACAAAAAGAAGAAAAUGUCUGAAGCCCUAAGGAGUUUCGAAAAUGUGUCUAAUCUAUCAGAGAAGGAACACAACAAGAGCUUCUUUAAGCUGUGACGACGUCGUAUCUUUCUUGCUACCGCCCCUCAACUCUGAAAAAAAUGGAGGUUUUGAACAUUGGCAGCUAGCUAGCUAGAACUCUUUGUAGUUUAACUUUUCUUUUUUUAGAAGACAACAUCUCUUUUUUUUUUUCUUUAUAUAAUUUUUUUUUUCUUUUAAGGUUUCAUUGUGAAUUGGUGUUACUCUAUUAUGCACUAUAGUUGUUACAGCUAAAAUCCAAGCAGAUAGGAAGUUUCCUAAAUUCCGAACA